AUGACACCCGUUUCUGCCCCCACCCCACCUUCUCUCCUCCGUGCUGUGUCUUUAGUUCCUAACCUGGCCAGGGGCCGCCCGGCCUUUCAGUCUUCCAUCUAUCCAAGCCCAAAGAAUCCUGUGGCAGAAAGAGCAGUGGAUGGGAAUUGUGGCGGAGACUUUUACACGUCUCUAUGCGUCCACACUAAGUAUGACUACUGUCCCUGGUGGUACGUGGACUUGGGCGACCAGUACGACAUCUCCGCUGUGGUGGUGAAAAACCGCGAGGACUGCUGCGGGGACAGGCUCAAGGGGGCCCAGAUCCACGUGGGAGACUCUGUGGAUGCCAAUGGCCAGUGCAGCUUCCUCUGUGGGACCAUCACAGACAACAGCCUGGGCUCCAUCAGUACCAUCCAUUGCAAUGGGCGCAAGGGCCGCUACGUGAGCGUCAGCAUCCCCGGUCGGGCAGAAUUCCUACAAAUAUGUGAGGUGGAGGUCUAUGGGGUCAAGUGUCCGACCCCCAGCUCAGACUCUCUACCCCCCUAUUCCUUUGCCUCCGCCUUCUCUGAAACCUGA